CACAAAAGUCGAGGGAAAAUAAAGGAAACCCCUGAUAUACGUAUAAAAUAUGCUUAAUCACUGGGCUUGUAUACAAUCAUAAAUGGUGUAGAGAGAGAAAGGAGGCAUGGUCCGCAUGAAGGCCGUAGCCGCAGUCGUAGUACUAACCAUGAUCUGAACAAGAACCAAGUAGCAAGAGAACGGACAAAACAACAUCAAUCAAGAAUUGGGAAAACAAUUGUUUAUGUUUCACAAAAAAGAGUCUUGUUUUCUUGGCUACAAGGGGGAAAGAAAUCUUUAAAAUAUAAAGAAAAAGGAGAGUAGGGACUGGGCUCCUCCACACUCAUCAUUGUGUCUUCAAUCCGAAGCCAAAAGAGGAAGACUAUGUUGUGAUUCCACACUCUCUUUUCCCCACCCCCAACUCCAACGGGUAUAGUUUUGCAUCAUUCCCUUCUUCUCUCUUCACCCUCUGCCAAUUCUCCCACCAAUCUUAAUGCCCUUUUCUUCUUUCCUUAUCGCUAACCAGACCCACACUGACACAGGCCUAGGAUCACUCUUGGCUGCAUCCCCAACCAUUGCUAAAAUGCUUAAGCAAAUUCUUGCGAAAAUUCCUCGGAAAUCCCAGAAAUCUGAUUCAAAGGAUCCCUCUGUGACCAAACCCUUAAACAGCAAGCCACCCAUGACAGAUACUGGCGAUGGGCUUCAGUUCACAAAUAGCUGCAAUGUGAUAGCUAACCAACUAAGUGUAGUGAAACGCAUGUCGUCUGCAAUAUUCCCCGUGGCAGGAGGGGAGUCCAUUGGGCCCCACGUGUGCUUCAAGGAUGUCUCAAAUGGGGAGAAGCAAGGCCUGUUCUUGAGCAAGCUGAACCUCUGUUGCUCCGUGUUUGAUUUCAGUGAUCCUGAGAAGAACGCGGUGGAAAAAGACCUGAAGAGACAGGCAUUGAUUGAUCUCAACGAUUUUGUCACCUCUGGGUCUGUUAAAUGCACUGAAUCUGCCAUUGCUGCAGUCUGCAAAAUGUGUGCUGUUAAUUUGUUUAGAGACUUCCCUCCCAAGUACCCCCCUUCCCAUUCUGCUCGAGGUGAGAGUGAAGAUGAAGAACCACUAUUCGACCCUGCCUGGUAUCACUUGCAGCUGGUGUACGAUCUAUUCCUUCAAUUCAUAAGCCUGACGUCUCUUGAUCCGAAGGCAGCAAAGAAAUAUGUGCAUCACUCCUUCAUAAUAAGACUGCUCAACCUAUUUGACUCUGAGGACCCAAGGGAAAGAGAGUGCCUUAAAUCGGUCCUCCACCGGCUGUACGAGAAGUUCAUGGUGCACAGGCCUUUCAUCCGAAAUGCGAUCAGUAACUUAUUUUAUGGCUUUGUGUUUGAGACUCAAUGGCAUAAUGGGAUUUCAGAACUGCUUGAAGUAUUGGGAAGUGUGAUUAGCGGUUUUGCUUUGCCCUUAAAAGAAGAACAUAAGGUGUUCUUCUCCAGGGCUUUGAUACCCUUACACAAGCCAAAAGCAUUGGGCAUGUAUCACCAACAGCUGGUAUACUGUGUUGUACAGUUUGUAGAGAAGGAGCAGAACCUGGCUAGCGUUUUGGUAGCAAAGCUUUUGAGAUAUUGGCCUGUGAAGAAUAGCCAAAAGGAGUUGAUGUUUAUCAGUGAGAUCGAAGAGAUUAUGGAAUUGAUGAAGGUUUCUGAGUUUCAAAAGAUCAUGGUCCCACUCUUUCGGCGUAUAGGAUUUUGCCUCAAUAGCUCGCAUUUCCAGGUAGCAGAAAGAGCACAUCUCUUGUGGAACAAUGACAACUUCCUUAACCUGGUGACGCUCAACAAGGAUGUGAUGAUGCCCAUUGUAGUGUCGGCAUUAGAAAAGAACGGCCAAAACCAUUGGAAUAAGUCCAUUCUGAACCUGACUCAAAAUGUGAGGAAAGUGAUACUGGAGAUGGACGAGGAGCUUGUUCUUUCCUGUCAAAGAAAACUUGAGGAGGAAAAGUCGACAUCAGACAUAGUUGCCGAGAGACGGAGGGUGAAAUGGGAACAUCUUGAUAGUAUUACCUCUACCCCUCUUUCUUCUCUACCUAAGCCACCUUUAAACUGCCUUGUUGCUACCUGUUGAAUUGAUCAAUCAACUCUACCUGGAAUGCUUACUCUUCUGAAUUUUUUAUGGAAGAAACACCCACCCGCCAGCUUCUUCAAGAGCGCUCUUACAAUAGAUAGCCAAUGGGGUGAGCAGCAGCAGCAAUAUCAGUUUGAUAUGUGUCAGCCUCUUUUCUUGAACUGAUGAACUGUAAUUUCUUACCAAUAUGAUCAAGUCAGUCUUUGAAUCAUGUUCUGUAAAUAAGGCUUUUGAACAACAGAAUGAGUGAGUUAAGCAGGCAGUCCGCCUCGGUAAGUUAUUGUUCCUAUUUGACUACUCAUUAUUGGCAUUAUUAUAUCUAUGUUAAUAUAG